CCCGCUCUCAUUUACAAAGAGCGCGGGAAGCUGCAGCAGGAAGCUGCAGCAGGGAGACGCGGAAAGAAACUUCAGAAACUUCAGAAACUUCAGAAACUUAAGAAACAGGAUGAAGAUUUAUUUCUGUGGAAGUAUUCGCGGCGGCAGAGAAGACGUCCAUCUUUACCUGAAGAUCGUGAAGAAUCUGAAGAGCUACGGAACCGUGAUGACAGAACACGUGAGCAACACACAGCUCACACACACAGGGGAGGACGGCUCCGCAGCAGGAGACAGGUUCAUCCACGACCGAGACGUCGAUUGGCUCCGACAGUGCGACGUGGUGGUGGCGGAGGUCACGCAGCCGUCUCUGGGGGUCGGAUAUGAACUCGGCCGAGUCGUCAACAUGAAGAAAAAAACCUUGUGUCUGUUCAGGCCGUCAACAGGACGCGUUCUGUCGGCCAUGAUCCGAGGAGCGGACGACGGCGAGAGGUUUGUGGUGAGAGAUUACAGCGAGGACGAGGUGGAGAACAUUCUAGAGGAGUUCUUCAACACGCUGAAGAGAACCUGAGGAACCUGAAGAACCUGAAGAACCUCUGUUCUGUUCAUAUUCACUGUGUUCACCACAAAAACAUCAAUAAAGUUUACUGAAUCA